AUGUCGGCAUUCACGCUGUCUCAUAGGGAGCGUUACCCGCUCACGUCCCAAAUUAUCGAGGAGAACAAGAUUCCCGAGUUCGAUAAUUUGUAUCUUGAUUUCAACGGCAUUAUUCAUUCAUGCUCACAUCCGAACGACGAUGACGCGCAUUUCCGACUAUCAGAGGAGCAGAUAUUUACGUCUAUAUUCGCCUAUGUGGAUCAUCUUUUCGGGAAGAUAAAACCCAAAAAACUCUUCUUCAUGGCUGUGGAUGGUGUUGCGCCUCGCGCAAAGAUGAAUCAACAGCGGAGUCGGCGAUUCAGGACUGCGAAGGAGGCCAAGGAGGUCAGGGAGAAGGCGUUGAGCAAGGGAGAGAAACUCCCAGACGAGAAGGCGUUCGAUAGCAAUUGUAUCACUCCGGGGACGAUGUUCAUGGCGAAGCUCUCCGAGCAACUCCGCUAUUUUGUGAACAAAAAGAUUAGUGAGGAUUCGAAUUGGCGGGAUAUCCAGGUCGUAUUGUCUGGACACGAAGUGCCUGGUGAAGGGGAGCACAAGAUUAUGGAGUACAUCCGGUUGUCCAAGGCGCAACCGGAAUACAACCCCAACGUGCGGCAUUGCUUGUAUGGGCUGGAUGCGGACUUGAUCAUGUUGGGUGGGUACUUGAACGACAGCGGUUUGAUCGAUACCAAGAGGCUACAAGUCAUCCUGGACGAGAUGGCUCAAUGGGAGCAAGAGGUUUUCGAGAAGGAGUAUGCGGAUUUGAAUUGGUACAAAGGGAAACAAUCCAAGAAUGCCAAGGAGUUGGAGCAUACGCGAAACAAGUCGAAGCUUGUCUUGACUCCUUCACAGCGAUCUAUCUUCGAUAGUGUCAAAGCAUUCGUCUUGGAGCAUCGAGGCCUGCACUCACCAGCGCAACUACGCAAUGCCCGGCUCGACAUGCCGAAUACUUUCCCAGCGCGUGACAGGACUUUUAUCACCGACCUCGCGAAUGAUUUGCACCUGGAGCUCACGUGGGAUGAGUACGACGAAAAUGAUCAGAACCUCGUUACAUUCCGGUUCCCUGGGGCGCUGGAGCCUCCACUGCCUACCGAUGACGCGGGAGACGAGAAUGACGAAGAGUGGGAAAGUGAGGAGGAUGAAGAGGCGACGGAAGCCGUUGACAGGGUGUUGAAGAAGUAUGCGAAAGCGAAGGUCUCGAACGACGAGGAGGAUGGUGAUUUUGAUACCCGACACGAUCGAUCGGUCAAGGCGAAAAUGGACGAGUGGAAGAAGGGAUAUUACGUGGCAAGUAGCAAGUUGGAAAUAGACUUCCAUGAUCCUGAGCAGAUCGGGGCACUCGUGCAUCGCUACGUAGAGGGCCUACACGGUGUCGCAUCGUGGAGUUGGUUCUAUGACUACCACUACGCACCUCGAGUGUCUGAUUUGAAGGGUGUCGAUAAAAUGUCGUUCACCUUUGAACUCGGCAAGCCAUUCCGACCUUUCGAACAGCUGAUGGGUGUCUUACCCGAGGCAAGCAAGGAGCUUAUCCCGACGGCAUUUCAAGAUUUGAUGUCCAACUCUGAGUCUCCGAUCUUGGAUUUCUACCCACAAGAGUUUGAGCAAGAUUUGAACGGCAAGAAGCAGGAGUGGGAAGCAGUGGUGAAAAUUCCUUUCAUUGACCAGGAGCGACUGCUUCGCGCGAUGGCCUCACGAGAGCACCGUUUGACAAGAGAGGAGCAGCAACGAAACAGCUACGGAACAAGCUACCAGUUCAAACAUAAUCCAGGCGAGCCGGUUACCUAUCCCUCGUCUCUUCCAGGCUUCUUUCCUCCGAUUUACCGCUGUACAUGCAUCAUGGAACCCUUCGAUUUGCCGACUCUCGACGGCCUGCAUCUUGUACAAGGUUUGUGUGAUGGCGUCUUCCUCGGCACGGAAGCCUUGGCCGGAUUUCCUUCUCUCAAAACCCUCCCUCACACUGCCAUGCUUGGCCAUCACGGCGUGAAUGUGCACGGGUCAGAAAGCCGCAAUAAAUCUAUGGUCAUCCAUAUUGAGAACACGUUCGAGGGUAAGAAGUCCGAGGACAUCGCGCGCGAGCUCAUUGGCAAAAAGACGUUCAUCGGAUGGCCGUUUUUGCAAGAGGGGAUGGUGGCUGCAGUGUCGAAUUCCUUGUUCAAGUAUGAAAAGAUGUCCAUCGUGCAGGGAGGUCCGCAAAAGGUGGUGGGAAAUCCGCACUCGCAGCAGGGAUUAGCUAUGUGGAAGAGCAAGGCCGAGAGGAUCACAUAUGUCUACUCUAAGAAGUGCGGCGUAAUCCCCGGCGAUAUUGAUAUCUUGUUGCAUGUCCGCCCCCUCAAAGGUCUCAAGCGCUUGGAGAGUGGAGCCUUGGUCAAGGACUAUGAAGACUAUAGGAAAGAGGUCGAACAGGCUGUGCAGCUGACUGUCUCUGACGUUGUCUCCGAGGACCCUCGUUUCUUAGAGAGAAAGGCACCACCUCUGUCCGAGGAGUUCCCAGAGAAGAGCAAGAUCUUCUUCCUCGGAGAGCACGCGUACGGUGUCGCAGCCCAGGUAUCUGCCACCACGGAAGACGCAUUGUCUGUCAUCCUCGUUUUCUCCCCAACCGACAAAACGGAAAACGAGAAAUUCAAAGAGGUCGUGACAAAUCGUUCCCACAUGCCUUACUAUCCGUCUUUCCAGGUCGCAGAGAAGAUUGGGGUCUCGGGUCGUGCAUUGUCUCGAAUCACAUCGAGCUUCAUGGUCCUCACUUCGGACAAUCAGAAGGUGAACCUCGGACUGAGUUUGAAGUUUGAGGGUAAAGGUAUGAAAGUGCUUGAUUACUCGCGGAAGAGUGGCGGGGGCGGGGGCGGACACUGGAAAGACCGUAAAGUUUGGGAGUUUAGUGACAAGGCUGUGGAUUUGCUCCAGGAGUACAAGGCAAAAUUCCCGGAAGUCUUCUUAGGUCUCGAUCGCAAUGGUGAUGACAUGGUCAAGGCGGAGAAAAUGUUUUCGAAAGAAGCUGAUCCAGAUGCUCGGGCCAAAUCGGUCAGGACGUGGCUGGCAUCGAAGGGUGUGCGUGACUUUGAACCUGUUUCUUUGGAUUGCGACCAGCUUGGAAAGUCGACGGUGGAAGAGAUUGAGAAACUUGCGAAUACAUUCAACCAAAACCGGUCCGCGACUUUCAAGAAGGCCAUCGUGAAAGGCAUCCCUCGGCAGGCCGUUCUCAAACCUGCACACGCCGUAUACCGCCUCCAAAACCAACACUUUGCUAUCGGGGACAGAGUGACGAUGGUGCAAGAUUCCGGCGGUGUCCCGCUCGCCGUUAAAGGCGUCGUGAUCGGGCUGAACGAAAAGAACAUGGACGUCGUUUGGGAUCACCCCUUCAUGUCAGGCACGACGCUGAGCAACCGGUGCACGCAGUACCGAGGCUCCACUGUGGAAUUCAAUACAUGCUUGAAUCUGACGAACCCCCAAUUCAUCACGUCUGUCAAUCCCAAAGCGCCACCGCCUGCAGACGUCCACUCAUCGUUCGCUCCGCGACCUGGGCCGCAUUCUGUUCCGCGUCCAGCACCCGGCCAGCAGAGCAACGGCGGCUUCCGGCCCCCUGCUCUUCAGACUGAGCACCCUGUCCAUAUCAUGACGAACCCCAACCGGGGGCGCGGUCCCGCCGCAGGUCCCGCCGCGCGGCACCGCCAACGGAAUGCACCCGAGAGGCGGCUAUGUCCCGAGAGGCGGCUUUUUCAGAGGACGUGGGGGCUUUGCUCCAAUGUCGAGAGUUUCGAGCCCUCUGGCGAGCCAAUGUCUUCAAGCUGGAUACACUCGCACCUGACGUUACGCGCGAGACCGAGGGAUUUGUCAAUCUCUCCAUGAGGGCAAGCUUGUUGCAGAUACUGUCCGACAUUGCUAUGACUUGUGAGCCUGGGUUGAUGAUGGACUCAACAAGUUGCUGGUGGUUGACAAGGGGUAUGAUUGACCUUAAAGCAGGGGAUUCUUUAGUGACAACGAGUGGUUGGGGAAUCUGA